AGGAAAUUAACAACAGUUUAAAACCUCGUUAAUCGUGGCGCGAAAAGCAAGGACUAAACCAGACUAAAAUGUGCCAAAAACUCCUGGCGUUGUGCGUCUGCUGCUGUGCUUUGUUAACCAGAGCACAAAUCGCUGUGCCUAUACCGCUUGAUCCUGAUGUAGAGAUUUUACCCACCGCCGGCGCUGUGAGCAGUCAAUAUAUACACCGGAUACAUAACAAAUUCAUACCGGUUUUUGCACCCUUUACGGGUGUCAGUGCAGCAGCUCCUAUUGCACCGUUCCCAGUAGCAGCACCGAAUAUCGCCGUUUCACCAUUAGUUCCAGUACCAAGGCCUUUAGCACCUGCAGUUCCUACAUAUCAACCCGCUUUGUUGCCAUCAUAUCCACUGCCACUGACUGAUCCAACAGUUAUUUCCGCGCCUUUAGUUUAUCCCCCCACACAAGUGUUCCGUCCCGCAGUCAUUCCAACUCGUAUUGCUCUUCUCUCACCGUUUGCAAGACCCUUACGCACUCGAGUCAACUACGCACGCCGUCCGUUCGCUUUAAGAUUGCGUCAACGCUACGGAUAAUUGAAUAGUUUAUGUUUCAAAUUCACAACAUGGAUCUAAUGUAAAUAAUCAUACCAUACCUAACCUCAUUUAAUCUUACUCAGCAAUAAUUGUAAUUUCAAUUAUAAAAUCUUAUUCAGCAGAAGUUGAAAUAAAAAUA